UGGCCCGCAGCCCACCCCACCCCGCACCUGCCCCCAUGCUGGAUCACCGAGCCAGGAUGGAGAGCAGUAGGAAGGAGAAGGUGGAGCAGAUCCUGUCGGAGUUCCGUCUGAAGGAGGAGGACCUGAAGAAGGUGAUGUACCGGAUGCAGAAGGAGAUGGACCGAGGGCUCAAGCUGGAGACACAUGAGGAAGCCUCUGUCAAAAUGCUGCCCACCUAUGUGCGCUCCACCCCUGAGGGCUCUGAGGUGGGAGAUUUCCUGUCACUGGACCUGGGCGGCACCAAUUUCCGUGUGAUGCUGGUGAAGGUGGGCGAGGGGGAGGAGGGGCAGUGGAAGGUGAAGACGAAGCACCAGAUGUAUUCCAUCCCGGAGGAUGCCAUGACUGGGACGGCUGAGAUGCUCUUUGACUACAUCUCCGAGUGCAUCUCUGAUUUCCUGGACAAGCACCAGAUGAAGCACAAAAAGCUGCCCCUGGGCUUCACCUUCUCCUUCCCUGUGCGGCAUGAGGACAUCGACAAGGGCAUCCUCCUGAACUGGACCAAGGGCUUCAAAGCCUCUGGCGCAGAAGGGAACAACGUGGUGGGGCUGCUGAGGGAUGCCAUCAAACGGCGAGGGGACUUCGAGAUGGACGUGGUGGCAAUGGUGAAUGACACGGUGGCCACGAUGAUCUCCUGCUACUACGAAGAUCACCGGUGCGAGGUUGGGAUGAUUGUGGGGACGGGCUGUAACGCCUGCUACAUGGAGGAGAUGCACAACGUGGAGCUGGUGGAGGGCGAUGAGGGGCGGAUGUGCGUGAACACGGAGUGGGGGGCCUUUGGUGCCUCCGGGGAGCUGGAUGAGUUCCUCCUGGAGUACGACCGCGUGGUGGACGAGACCUCACUUAACCCCGGUCAGCAACUGUACGAGAAGAUCAUUGGGGGGAAGUACAUGGGGGAGAUCGUGCGGCUGGUGCUGCUGAAGCUGGUGGAUGAGAACCUGCUCUUCAAUGGGGAGGCCUCUGAGAAGCUCAAGACUCGCGGGACCUUUGAGACCCGCUUCAUGUCCCAGAUUGAGAGUGAUUCUGAUGACCGCAAGCAGAUCUACAACAUCCUGUCGGCCUUUGAGCUGCUGCCGUCACGGACAGACUGUGAGAUCGUGCGCCAGGUGUGCGAGAGCGUGUCCACCCGGGCUGCCCAGAUGUGCUCAGCCGGGCUGGCCGGCGUCAUCAACCGCAUGCGGGAGAGCCGCAGCCAGGACACCCUCAAGAUCACAGUCGGCGUCGACGGCUCCGUCUACAAGCUCCAUCCCAGCUUCAAGGACCACUUCCACGCCACGGUGCGGCAGCUGACGCCUGGCUGUGACAUCACCUUCAUCCAGUCGGAGGAAGGCAGUGGGCGUGGGGCCGCCCUCAUCUCAGCCGUGGCCUGCAAGAUGGCCUGCAUGAUGGGGCAGUGAGCUGGACUCAGAGGGGGGAAGGCAGGGGCCGGUGGUCCUGCUCGGAGCGCUGUGGGAGCAGACACAGACGCGUCAAGGAGGCGGCUCCGGCCCCCCAAUAAACGGGGUGUGUGUGGACUUC